AACAACCCUUAAUUUCUUCCUAAUCACUCACUCUAUAUAUAAUUUUGUCACUUCCUUAUCCCCACAACUUUCUCCAAGUUCCUUCUUAAGCAUCUUAUCUUCAAGCAAUAAACAUGAAAUUAUCACAAAGAUCCUCUGCUUUCUUUCUAUUUUCCUUCAUUCUCAACUAGCUAGAAAUAUAAUUAAUCUUCAUCACUUUCUUGAUAUAUUUUCUUCUAAUUUAUAAUUUGACAAGAAUGGUGUCAACAAAAUCAGAAACAGUUCAAAACUCUGAAACUAAAUCCACCAUUGAAGUUCCCAAUACUCAACAGCAAGUUGCAGUUUUAGUAGCUGAAAAAAAGGCCUCUGGUCCUUCUUCCCCUACUGUUACUGAUAAGUCUGUGCAGAAUUCUCUGAAUGGUGAUGAUCAGAAAGCAAGGGGCUUGCCUCAAAGAGAAGCCACUAUUCCAAUGGGGGGUUACACUGAUGCAGAAUACAUAGGGAUUAAUGAAGUUGUUUCUCCAAGGGCUAACAAUGAUAGGAAACUUUCACUCUUGCCCUUAGUUUUCCUCAUUUUCUAUGAAGUUUCUGGAGGACCAUUUGGUGUUGAGGACACUGUACAAGCAGCUGGUCCACUUCUUGCACUUGUUGGAUUCUUGGUUUUCCCAAUUAUUUGGAGUGUCCCUGAGGCACUUAUUACAGCUGAAUUAGGCACCAUGUUCCCCGAAAAUAGCGGCUAUGUUGUUUGGGUUUCAUCUGCUUUGGGUCCAUACUGGGGCUUUCAACAAGGUUGGGUGAAAUGGUUAAGUGGAGUCAUCGACAACGCCCUUUACCCGGUUUUGUUUCUUGAUUAUCUGAAAUCAGGAAUUCCUGCAUUAGGCGGUGGACUUCCUCGAGUUAUCGCAGUCGUAGGCAUUACUUUGGUCCUUACUUACAUGAACUAUAGGGGUUUAACUAUUGUUGGAUGGGUUGCUGUUCUGCUCGGGAUAUUAUCGAUUCUACCUUUUGUUGUAAUGGGGCUCAUUUCGAUUCCAAAAAUAAGGCCGACUAGGUGGUUGGUGGCGGAUGUGCACAAUGUCGAUUGGAACUUGUAUCUAAACACACUCUUCUGGAACCUGAAUUAUUGGGAUUCAAUAAGUACUCUUGUAGGAGAAGUACGCAACCCGAGGAAAACUCUGCCUAAGGCUCUGUUUUAUGCCGUGAUUCUAGUCAUUUUAUCGUACUUUUUCCCUCUAUUGGUCGGUACCGGAGCUGUUCCACUCGAACGUGACUUGUGGACGGACGGUUAUUUCGCGGAUAUUGCGAAAAUACUUGGUGGAGUUUGGCUAAGAUGGUGGAUUCAAGGGGCCUCUGCAUUGUCAAAUAUGGGGACGUUUGUAGCGGAAAUGAGCAGCGACUCAUUUCAGCUACUUGGUAUGGCCGAGAGAGGGAUGUUACCUGAGUUCUUUGCCAAAAGAUCACGUCAUGGAACACCUAUAGUCGGGAUCCUCUUCUCAGCUUGCGGUGUGGUUUUACUUUCGUGGAUGAGUUUUCAAGAGAUUGUAGCUGCAGAAAAUUUCUUGUAUUGCUUUGGAAUGAUCUUGGAAUUUAUAGCGUUUGUACGGUUAAGGAUAAAGUUCCCAAAUGCAUCGCGCCCUUUCAAGAUACCUGGUGGAACAGUCGGAGCCAUCCUGCUGUGUAUUCCUCCAACCAUUCUCAUCAGUGUUGUUUUGGCAUUUUCCACGGUUAAAGUCAUGAUUAUAAGCCUUGCUGCUGUUGCAAUCGGGUUGGUGAUGCAACCAUGUCUUAAGCGCAUUGAGAAUAAGAGAUGGUUGAAGUUCUCCAUUAGUUCUGAUCUUCCUGACAUUCAUCACGAUAAUGGAGCAUUACUUCAUUGAUUCUCAUAUGUAGUAUGUUUUAAAGUGUACGACUCUCCUACUAACACGACACUGCAACAACUGCACGAAAUCCAGAAUAUUCAUGGAGGGCUGGAUUAUCCUAUUCUGCUGUAAAGCAUCUAAUAUCGUAAGCUUGUAUUUGCCCUGCUCCUAUGCCUAUUCAUUAGUGGCAAGUAGCUAUGAAUGAUAGCUUUUUCAGGUGAUUGCUUUAGAAUAGAUGAUUAUAUGGUUUCUGUUUUGUGAUCCA